AUGACAAUCAGAGGGAAUUCUCAAGUCACAGCUGAUAGAUUGCUUACCCUGAAUGGGGAAUGGGGCUUUACCAUGGUUACUGGCUGCUUGUUUCUGGUCACUUUCUGCAGCCUGGUUUCCCUGAACUUUUCUGAUCCUGGCAUCCUGUAUCAAGGUAAGGCCUCAGACCCCUGGGAGAAGCUCCCUGAGGCAGCAUAUGUGCCCUGGAUAUAUCAAAGGGCCUUUCAAAUGCCCUGGUGUCCCCAUUGCUCCUUCCACUGCCCACCCAGGACCUUCCACUGUGGAUGUUGUAACAUCUGUGAGGAGGAGUUUGACCACCACUGUAGGUGGGUGAACAAGUGCGAGGGGCGUAGUAACAUCCAGCUCUUCCUGCUGCUGCUCAUGUCCCCUUGCCUGUACCUGGGUGCCCUGCUGGUGAUGUGCACCAUCUUCCUUGUGAGCACCAGUGAGAUGCCAUUUUCCUUGGACAAGGCCAUGGCAUAUCCAUACAUGGCUGUCCCGGCCACAGGCGCCCUGUUGCCACUCACUUUGGGACUGCUGAUCCAGGCUGUAGCAAUGAGCACCGCCACGCGCUCCUAUGAAGGCCAGGGACAGUUCCUUCAGAGGGACAACCCCCUAGACCAGGGCUCUGCCAGGAACUGUUACAUCACCCUCUGUGCACCACUGGGACCCAAGUAAAUUGGUAAACCAGAGGCUCCAGUGGUGGACCCUGGGGCUGGUGGGGUGUGGUGAAGCUGGAUCCUCUUCCUUGGUCUCUUACACCAGCACCCAGGCCCUGACACUCACUGUUACUUUCCUUUGGGGUUUUCUCCAGGGCACUCUGGGAACCCCUGGGAACUGCCCUCUUCUUUCCUUUCUAGGUUCUUACCCCAAGAAAUGAGGUAGAGGGGAACUGCAGCCUGGAUGAGACUCCUGGAUGAGAACACUGGGCUCUGUGCUUUCCAAGCUGAGGGGUGAGGGUUGUCAGGAGACCAGCCUAAGGUUCAGAGAAGCGUGUUUCCUAGGGUGUGGAGAGGCUCUGAGGAGCUGGGACUAAUGCCUCCUGGAAGGGAAGAACAUUGCUCUCUGGAGACCCAAGCUCAGGAGCCAACACUGUCUGGCUCUUUGACAUUGGGCAAGACACUCAGCAUUUCUCUCAUCCUUAAAAUGUGGCAACAGUAAUGAUCACAGCAACUGACCUGGCUGGCUUCCUGGGAAGGGCUGAAGAUGAGAAGAUAGAAAACUCACCAGCCAGGAUUAUACCAAGUGCACCUCAAAUGAUUCCACAAAAUAGAAAGGGAACUUAUUUAUUAUUAUUUU